AUGGAGGAUUCAGGCAUCCAGCGAGGCAUCUGGGAUGGAGAUGCCAAGGCGGUCCAACAAUGUCUGACAGAUAUUUUUACCAGCGUUUACACUACCUGUGACAUCCCUGAGAACGCUAUAUUCGGUCCCUGCGUCCUGAGCCAUACUUCCCUGUACGACAGCAUAGCUUUCAUAGCUCUCAAGUCCACCGACAAGAGAACAGUCCCUUAUAUCUUCCGGGUAGACACCUCAGCGGCAAAUGGUUCCUCAGAAGGUCUCAUGUGGCUGCGUCUGGUCCAAUCAGCCAGAGAUAAAGAAGAGCAGAAUCUUGAAGCGUAUAUAAAAAACGGACAGCUGUUUUACCGCUCUCUCCGCAGGAUUGCCAAAGACGAGGAGUUACUAGUUUGGUACGGGAAAGAACUGACUGAGUUACUCUUGCUCUGCCCCUCUAGAUCCCACAGCAAAAUGAAUGGGUCGUCCCCUUACACAUGCCUGGAAUGCAGCCAACGUUUCCAGUUUGAGUUCCCCUAUGUCGCGCAUCUGCGCUUCCGCUGCCCCAAGAGACUUCACAGCGCUGAUAUGAGCCCCCAAGACGAGCAAGGCGGCGGCGUGGGCACCAAGGAUCACGGGGGCGGCGGAGGUGGCAAGGACCAGCAGCAGCAGCAACAGGAGGCACCCUUGGGUCCGGGCCCCAAGUUCUGCAAAGCCGGCCCCAUCCACCACUACCCGGCCCCCUCCUCCGACGGCAGUAACCCGCCCGCGGCUGGCGGCGGCAGCAGCGCCAAGCCAUCCACGAACUUUCACAACCUGGCCCGGGAGCUGGAGAACUCCGGGGGAGGCAGCAGCUGCUCCCCCGUGCGGAGCCUCAGCGGCGGCACCAGCGGCGGCGGCCACCAGGAGGCGGAGCUGAGUCCCGACGGCAACGCCACCGGCGGCAGCAAAGGGAAAAGGAAAUUCCCGGAGGAGGCGGCGGAGGGCGGCGGCCCGGGGCUGGUGGGGGGCCGCGGCCGCUUCGCGGAGCGGCCCCUGCCCGCCUCCAAGGAGGACCUGGUGUGUACGCCGCAGCAGUACCGCGCCUCGGGCAGCUACUUCGGCCUGGAGGAGAACGGCCGCCUCUUCGCGCCGCCCAGCCCCGAGACGGGCGAGGCGAAGCGCAGCGCCUUCGUGGAGGUGAAGAAGGCGGCCCGAGCGGCCGGUCUGCAGGAGGAGGCAGCCGCCGACGGCGGGGGCACGGCCGCCGAGGACCAGGACGCGGGCGGCGGCGGCGGCGGCGGCGGCUCCUCCACACCCGUGGCCGCGUCGCCGGCAGGCGCCGAGAAGCUGCUGGCCCCGCGGCCUGGGGGCCCGCUGCCCAGCCGGCUGGAGAGCGGCAGCCCAGCGCGGGGCAGCGCCUUCACCUCGGUGCCGCAGCUGGGCGGCAACGGCGCGGGGGGCGGCGCGGGCGCGGGGGCCGCCGGCGGGGCGGGCGGCGGCCAGGGCGCGGCGUCGGACGAGCGCAAAAGUGCCUUCUCGCAGCCGGCGCGCUCCUUCUCGCAGCUGUCGCCUCUGGUGCUGGGCCAGAAGCUGAGCGCGCUCGAGCCGUGCCACCCCGGCGACGGUGUGGGCCCCGCCAGACUUUACCCCGCCGCCAGCGAUCCUCUGGCCGUGAAGCUCCAGGGAGCGGCGGAUCUGAACGGAGGUUGCGGGGCCCUGCCGGGCGGCGGCGGCGGCGGCGGCGGGGGCGGCCUGCCCAAACAGAGCCCCUUUCUCUACGCCACCGCCUUCUGGCCCAAGAGCUCCGCAGCCGCGGCGGCGGCGGCGGCGGCGGCGGCCGCGGGGCCCCUCCAGCUGCAGCUGCCCUCGGCGCUCACGCUGCUGCCGCCCUCCUUCACCUCGCUGUGUCUGCCCGCGCAGAACUGGUGCGCCAAGUGCAAUGCCUCCUUCCGCAUGACCUCCGACCUGGUGUACCACAUGAGGUCGCAUCACAAAAAGGAGUAUGCCAUGGAGCCCUUGGUGAAGCGGCGGCGGGAGGAGAAACUCAAGUGCCCCAUUUGCAACGAGUCCUUCAGGGAGCGCCACCACCUCUCCAGGCACAUGACCUCGCAUAAUUGACACGGAAAGGACCCUAGCUUUCCACGCGCGCGCACGCACAGUGAAGCCACCUGCAGGAAUAAACAUGCGAGGACAUCCACCACCUCCUUGUUAUCUGAAACAUUGCACCCAGAGAGACAGACACACACAUACACUCACACAUGUGCUUCCCCCCCAGCCUUCUCAUUGAAAUCUUUACCCGAGACCUAGACUACGAGCGCACGCACACACACGCACACACACACACGUGAGACAAGUUGGUGGAUUUUUGAUUGGGUGUGUUAUUUGACGGGUUUUCUUUUGAAUGCACGCAUUUUCACUUUCCCAAAAACAAAGGUACAUUUUUAAAAAUGUCAUAUAUUGCAACAUAUUGAUGCAUUUGUCAUACGUUUCUACUUAAAUUAUUAAGCACUUACAGUUUAGAUGUAAUAAUUAUAUGUAAGGGCAAAAUUUAUUUUAGAUAUAAAGGAGGAGGCUGAGAUGCUUUCUGCAUUUCUCGAUGACAGUUUGUGUUCUUACAAAAAUAAACAAAACUAAUAAAAAAGGGUCACCAUUCAAUUUAAGUUUCCAGGGGAAAGUGCAUGUAUCAUGAAAUGAUUAUGGACUUCAAUGAAGAAUGUCAUCAUUAUGUAAAUAUGUAUUUCCUUUUAAUACAAAGUGUAAUUUUGUGCCAGUGAAAUGGAGUCUGAAUAGUUAUGUGUUUCUUUUAUC